AAACACUCUGCUCCAGCACAGCUGUUUUUGUGUGGAAUAAGUUCUCUGCUCUAGGUUGCGUUCAGAAUGCUUGGUGUUCACCUGCAGAAAGGUUAUGUUGAGCCUGUGCUUCACCCAGCCUUCGCUGGAGACAUGAGUGGGAAGAGCCUCCUGCUGAAGGUGAUCCUGCUGGGGGACGGCGGCGUGGGGAAGAGCUCGCUGAUGAACCGCUAUGUGACGGACCGCUUCGACUCGCAGUCCUUUCACACCAUCGGCGUGGAGUUCCUGAACCGUGACCUGGAGGUGGACGGGCGGCUGGUCACGCUGCAGAUUUGGGACACGGCCGGGCAGGAGCGCUUCAAGAGCCUGCGCACGCCCUUCUACCGCGGCGCCGACUGCUGCCUCCUCACCUUCGCUGUGGACGACCUGCAGAGCUUCCAGAACCUGGGCUGCUGGAAGAAGGAGUUCAUGUACUACUCGGACGUGCGCGACCCCGAGCGCUUCCCGUUCGUGGUGCUGGGAAACAAGGUGGACAAGGAGGAGCGCGAGGUGGGCGAGGACGAGGCGCGGGCGUGGUGCGAGGAGAAUGGCUGCUGCCCGUACUUCGAGACCAGCGCCAAGGACGACACCAACGUGAGCGCCGCCUUCGAAGCCGCCGUGAGGGAGGUGCUGGCCAGCGAGGAACAGAUUGACCACGCCUUGCUCAGCAGCACCAUCGACCUGCACGGCAACCGCAAGGCGCCUCGCUCGUCCUGCUGCUGAGGAGCGCAGGGUUGUAGCGGGGUUAUAGCGGGGUUUACACGGUGCCUUUGUAGUCCUGCCAUGCCUGCACACUCACUAGAGUCGCACGACUGACGCACGAGGACACGUAAAAGAGGAGGGCGAAAAUGUAAUGUAGGGAGGGAGGGGGGGGGGGGGGGCAAAGGAAGGUGUUCUUGGGUUACUUCUUGGGGUACGUACUACUUAGGGUACAGAUACAGUAACCAGUAUUCAAACCAUCAAUGGUAGCAUUUUGUUUAGGUACGUGCAUCUACUUCCUGCUUUCUGCUUCCUGCUUCCUGUUUCCUGCAGCCUGGCACUGCAGACUGGCAUCAACUUAGUCUCUAUAAUCUAUAAUCUCUGAUGUCCUUUACAUGCCCAAAGCUCUCACGCUUGUGUUGUUAGGUUUUCAAACAAUACCACUCUCUUCUUGCCCUGGAGGUAGUGCUGGUAGUGCGAUUUUCACAAUUAAUUCAGCGAAUUACAAAAAUUAUAAAAAUAAAUCUACCGUUUCUUUUUUCCGUCACAAACCCACAUUCUGAAGUAUAUUCCAGUGUCCAUCAGUGUGUAGAUACAAGGUCAGUGCAUAAUAUGAACGCAUGGGCUUCAAAACAAUGUUUUGAAUCAUUGAUUUGCUCAGUGAGUUGACUCAACCCAAAGCGUCUGAACAUAUGUAUAUAUUUUUUUUUAGUUUUGAACCAUUUAUUUGUCAUCUGUAGUUUGAUUUUUAGCUGGGGAAAAAAACGAUUAUAUUCGAAAAUUAGAUUUUUUGUAAAAAAAAAAAAAUUAAGAUUUUUUUUUAAGGCCGUAAUGUCCCAGCACUACCUGGAGGUCGAAGAGCUCCUGUCUUCUUUACAACACGCAACAUUCCUCUGUAUCCAGAGCCAUAAUUCACCCAGAGGCUUUCACACAGCUCAUUCCUCCAGUGUUUCAUGCUUAUCCCGUCAUUAACAUUCCUUUCAGUUUAUCAGACCGAGUCGUUUCCUGCUGUAAAGCCAGUUAUAUAGUUUUCUGUACUGUAGUUUUAGUUUUGCUUGUGUUUAGAUGUUUUAUGGUGCACAAACCUCACAAAGAGAAAUAGAGAGUCUCUACUGCUGUGUAAAUCUCUGAAACGUCAGAUACAGUCUGUUACAAAUUCAUGCAUAUAUAUAUAUAUAUAUAUAUAUAUAUAUAUAUAUAUAUAUAUAUAUCUGUAUAUAUAUGGGGUAUGUGUGAUUUUUUGCGAAAAGGGAACGGUCGUUAGUGUGCUGUUUGAUUUUAAAAAGGUUUGAUUUCGUUUUUUUGCUCAUUAUAUUCUAUAUAUAUAUAUAUAUAUAUAUAUAUAUAUAUAUAUAUAUAUAUAUAUAUAUAUAUAUAUAUUAUAAUGUGACCUAAUGUUACAUUUGUGGUACAAUUUUUAGUUUUUAUUAUUAUUAUUAUUAUUUUAUUACUUUGUUCUUGUUUUAAACAGUCUGUUGUUUGAUUUGGAGGUUUGGAGGUUUUAUUUAUGUGAGAUUGUGUGAGAUAGAGCUUUGUUGAUUUGCUCCACUGUACAAUCAGAAAUAAGAAAUAAGGGCUGUUCUGAUUUCUAGAGUUUUGAGAGUCCGGGACGCUGAAUGAGUUGCUGUAGUUUGGUGUUGAUGCACAUUUAGGGCUUUAUUUUAAUCAGAGCAUUAAGGCUGCGUUCACAUUACCAGGCUAAAGUGGCUCAGAUCUGAUUUUUGAAUGGCUGUGUGAACGAAUCCGUAUCCGAUCCAUGGACAAGCGAAAUGAAUGUGAACAGACGAAUCAUGCGGAAUUCAUGCAUUUUUUUGCUUUUUUAAGCAUUAGCAUUAGCAUUAGCGCUACGUGCUUCUCUCUCUUAUACCCACACUGCAUCUCUUGGUGCAGCUGUGUAGCUAUAGCUGCAAAAAAAAACAGCAAAAGCAAACCGCCUGUCCUUUUUUCUCCUCCUGGACCUGAGCAUGAACUUCAGAGCAGCUGUUUACUCUCCACUCCAGCAAAAGAUGCUCCACAUAUGAGCUGCUAACUCAUCCAUUUCCCUUUAUAAAGCUACGAGUCUCUCCUCUCUCUAAUAUGAGGGUUUUUGUUGUUGGUGAAGAAGGUGUUUAUACAGGUAUUAAUGUGCAGCAUGUGAGACGAUUCAGGGACAGAUUCGUUCACAUUACACACAGAUACAGAUCACUUACAUUUACACUGAAUGUGAACCGAUCAGAUCUGAGUAAAUAAUCAGAUUUGAGCUCCAUGGCUUCUUGUAAUGUGAACGCAGCCUUGUGAACGAUGAAGCUUCUUCUAAUUCAGCGCUUUUAUCGAUUUUAUUUUGCAGGGUUUAAUAACUACAGGAUGUUGUGUUUUAAAGAAGUGAGUAAAACGUCUGAUGCCUCACUGCUUCACUGCCUUUUACCUGCCUGCUUUAGAACUGGAAAAGUUCACUCCUCCAUUGUUCUUUCAGUUCUUUCAGUUCCUUCUAAUCUGAAUGUGAAACAAAAACCAAAGCACAUCAGCCCUGGUGUUCUGCAUUUAACUUUCUAGUUUCUAGUGUUAUAAAAAGCACUUGUGAACAGUCCUGUAGUUUCUGAUUAAACUAAAAGAUACCCAGCUUUGGUACUUACAUAAAUAUUUGUAUCAUAGUCAAAUUUUGGUAGGUAAAAUUUUCUUUGAAUAUUUUCUGUUUAGUUUUAUUUAUUUUUCCUGCCUAAAUUUCCUGGAUAUUGAGCUCCUGUUCCCCCUGUUCCAGUUUAAGUUUCCUCUCUGACAGUUUUAGAGACUUUUAAACUUUAUAUUUACUAGCGAUGCCUAUAAGAAGCACCAGAUGUAGCUCACACGCCCUCCAACUCAAACGAUUACUGACAUUUGUUCACUAAUAGACCAUUUAAUCACUAAUGGGCAAUUUGUUCACUAAUGGACGAUUUGUUCACUAUUGGGCGAUUUGUUCACUAUUGGGUGAUUUGUUCACUAUUGGGCGAUUUGUUCACUAUUGGGUGAUUUGUUCACUAAUGGACGAUUUGUUCACUAAUGGAUGAUUUGUUCACUAAUGGACGAUUUGUUCACUAUUGGGUGAUUUGUUCACUAUUGGGUGAUUUGUUCACUAAUGGAUGAUUUGUUCACUAUUGGGUGAUUUGUUCACUAUUGGGUGAUUUGUUCACUAAUGGAUGAUUUGUUCACUAUUGGGUGAUUUGUUCACUAUUGGGCGAUUUGUUCACUAUUGGGUGAUUUGUUCACUAAUGGAUGAUUUGUUCACUAAUGGAUGAUUUGUUCACUAAUGGACGAUUUGUUCACUAUUGGGCGAUUUGUUCACUAUUGGGUGAUUUGUUCACUAAUGGAUGAUUUGUUCACUAUUGGGUGAUUUGUUCACUAUUGGGCGAUUUGUUCACUAUUGGGCGAUUUGUUCACUAAUGGACGAUUUGUUCACUAAUGGACGAUUUGUUCACUAAUGGACGAUUUGUUCACUAAUGGAUGGUUUUAAUGUGUGCUUGCGCUUGCAUGUAAACGCCGCAGUGCUUUCUGCUGCUGUAUUACCGCUUGUUAAACUUCAGGGCCUCAUAUGAGCCACUUAUUUCCAGUCUUUAUCCACUACUAACAGUAUCUUCUGCUUUUUUCUAGUUUAAAUGAGAAAAGUUCACUGUGAAACAGGAUCAGUUACGGCACUGUGCUUCCCCCCUUCUGGGUUGUUUACUUUUUGGUAUGUAAAUCAUACAAAUACCUGUAUUUGAUCUCUGUAUUAGAAAGCAGUAUUGAACUGCCAGUCGUUAUAUUCGGUAUAUUUAAAUGGAGGUACCAGAAUAAGCUGCGACAGUGUUUUCACUGUGACUCUGAUCUGGUUUUACACCAAACCUCUUUUACAGUAUUGUGUUUGUUACAGGUGUUGCGGUAUAAGGAAGGUUCAUGGUAUCAGGUCAUAAGAUCUCGCAGCUUUAAGAUUUUAUUAUACAGCUCUGGAAAAAAAAUGAAGAGAUCACUUCAGUUUCUGAAUCAGUUUCUCUGAUUUUGCUAUUUAUAGGUUUAUGUUUGAGUAAAAUGAACAUUGUUGUUUUAUUCUAUAAACUACAGACAGCAUUUCUCCCAAAUUCCAAAUAAAAAUAUUGUCAUUUAGAGCAUUUAUUUACAGAAAAUGAGAAAUUACUGAAAUAACAAAAAAGAUGCAGAGCUUUCAGACCUCAAAUAAUGCAAAGAAAACAAGUUCAUAUUCAUAAAGUUUUAAGAGUUCAGAAAUAAUCAAUAUUUAGUGGAAUAACCCUGUUUUUGUUUUCCAUCAUGUUCUCCUCCACCAGUCUUACACACUGCUUUUGGAUAACUUUAUGCUGCUUUACUCCUGGUGUAAAAAUUCGAGCAGUUCAGUUUGGUGGUUUGAUGGUUUGUGAUCAUCCAUCUUCCUCUUGAUUAUAUUCCAGAGGUUUUUAAUUUAGUAAAAUCAAAGAAACUCAUCAUUUUUAAGUGGUUUCUUAUUUUAUAACCAGAGCUGUAUAUGUUUAAAGUUUAUAGGCAUGCUUGUCAGUUGAGUUUGUUCACUUUGAAUGGAGUUUUUUGUUUGUUUUUGUUUAUAUUAUUGUUUGUUUUGUUUUAUAACAAAAGAAGUUCUGGUACGCUGAAUUAAGUUAUAUUUAUUUUGACAAUAUUGACACUGUUUGUUAUAAAUACAGUCACAUCUACAUACAGUAUUUAGACAGUGACCGUUUUCAUGACUUUGCCUCAGUUCACUGUCUCCCAGAUUUUUUUAUUUUAAUUUUAAUUAAAUACUUUAAUUCACAGCAUUUAACUAAAAUUAAAUGGAACAGAAAAUUAACAGUUUUAGAAUGAAAGAUUUUUACAUAGUCUCUCCGUUUUCACAGCUCAGAUUAAUGGUACAGUAAACUGAUGAGCAGGUGAAGGCCAGGUGUGUCAUGUUCUCUGAUUAUUUCAUGAUAAAUUAAGCGGAUAAACGGUCUGGAUUUGAUUCAAAGUGAUUCAGAAUGAGUUUUUGGCGGCUGAUCGUCGAAACUCUCAGUACGCGGUCCAAAGAGGUGAUGAUGCAAAUGAAAUCGGCCAUCAUUUAGCCUGGAAAACCAAACAAACCCAUCAGAGAGCUCAGAUUCAUCAGCGGCUGCAGAACAGACAGGAUGAUAAUAAGAGAGGAUAUGAGCUGUAGUGUAAAAUAAAAUUUAAUGAUUUUAAAGGGCGCCAGACAACUGACCCCAACCCAAUUACCUUUCACUUACUGUAGAUAAAACUGAUUCAGAAAAAACAACAAACAAGUAUCAGAUCAGCAUUUGGUGGUCUCUGGACGGGAUUAUUUUCUCAGGGGACGUCUGUGUAAAAUAUUUCACAUUUCUACUCUUUCGUGAUUAAACUCCUGCAUCCGGACUGCAAUUAAAAAACAGGAGGAUCAGUGAGUUUUUAGGCUUUUUUCUCGGUCACAUGACAUCAUCACGGUGUUCAGUAGCUCCUCCAUUUCCACUCGCUGUUGUGUUUUUAACAUGCAUCUCCCUUGAAACCGGCGCGCCCAAAGUGUAAUUACGGUGCACGGCAGUGGUCAAAUAUCUAUUUGACGAAAGGAUUUUCCUUCUGGGGUCAAUUUCCACCCGACCAAAAACCACUUUUAUAUAGACAAAGGUUUGAGACCUGCUAGUUUAGGUCGUCUCAGUCCGGUUCCAAGCGAACUCUGGAGCGGUUUGCUUGCGGUAAGAGCGUGAUCUGGUCUCGAUCUGACCCAGAAAUUAAAUAUACUUCUUUUAUUUGAGCUAAACUGCUGAUAAGGCUCAGUUUAAUCUGAUAUAUUAGCCAGAUAACGCUAAUUACCACAGCUAUGAACAAACACUGAUUCUGCUGCUCUGACAGCUCUGACCAAUCAGAGGAGACGAUGUGCUCGUGUGGUUUAUUGGUGUGUAUUUUGUGCGUUUAGGUUUUUAUGCCUGUGUGAAAACAAACCAAAAAGAUGGAGAAAAUGAAGCUCCAAAUAAACAAUAAACUCAUCUCUGAUCCGGAUCAUAGAAACUUUCACAACUACAGGAGUGAAACAUUUCCCUCAGCUCCAGUGCAUGAACACAACAACUGUGUUUAACAGAGUUAAAUUCACUAUAAUAAAAGAAGCUCUAUGUCCACACAGUUACCACUGAAGUGAAGAACAGAGGCAAAAUGAUUAAAACUGUGUUACUGUCCAAAAUACUUACUGACCCAGCUUUACACAGGCCUACAUAUUUAUUUGCACAUUAUUUUCACAUUAAUCAGAUGAAAUUUCUCAGUAUUUGGGUUUUGUAUGUUUGUAAGUUUGUCUGUUUAACUGUUUUAAACCACAGUUUGCUCCGGAUUAUGUUGAGGGUAAAGUCUGUGGUUGUGUUUGUGUACGAGGACCUCCAGCUCUGCUCUGAAUACAGAUUAUUAUUAGCAGUGCUCUGAGAGAUGAUGUGGGAUGAUGUCUGAUGCUGUGUGUGUGUGUGUGUGUGUGUGUGUGUGUGUGUGUGUGUGUGUGUCUGUUCUGACAGUAGUAGAAAAUCUCUGAAGUCUCUGAUGUCGUGUAGAAUCUGCUUGAUGUGCUUUGAGCUGAGUUCAGGUUGUGUAAUGAUGCCUGAGAAUGGCUGGACAACCCAUCCCUGGUCUCCCAUCCCACACACACACCCAACACACACACACAACACACACACCCUGCGCAGUAAAGGAGGGCAAGACUGCUUUUGUUUACAAAUCAAACUAAUUCCAUCUGCAACUAUCCAGUGCCAGUGCGAAAAAUAAACCUGAGAAACUGA